GGAUGCAGAUAUUGUGUGCGUCUGUUUCCCCCAAUCCUGUGAAGUUACGAGCAGAUUAUUACAGAAUUAGUAAAAAAAACCAGCACAUUCUAACAAACGCUCAGCAGAAAUAGGGUCAAUGUGCCGUGAUGCAACACCAGAAUGACAACACCACAUCAAUAGUGUUUUGAAGAGCUGCACUUUUGUUCUAAGAAUACAACUUAGAUGCAUUAUGGACUUCCGCACCAGGAGGUAUGAAAGAGGUAGCAACUGGACCGACCCGGAGAUCGUGGAGCUCCUGCAGCUCUGGUCUGACGAGUCGGUGCAGAUCGAGCUGGAGAGCUCUCUGCGCAACCAGCGCGUGUUUGACCGCAUCGCGCACAUUCUGCGGGAAAAGGGCAUCUACCGCUCAGGCGACCAAUGUAGGGAAAAGAUCAAGAAGAUGAAGCUGGAGUAUAGGCGAAUUAAAGACAACCACAAGAUGAGGACUUGGAAGUUUUAUGACGUGAUGGACAGAGUGUUGGCGAAUCGCCCGGCUGUCAGCUACUCCUCUUUGGGAGGAGCUGUUGUUGCUCAGCAGGUGUUCCAGGGCUCAGGUGGCUCUGAGGCAUACCUGCAGGGGGUCCCUGUCGGUUCGUUUGGCCCCUCAUCCUCAGGUGGGUUUCUGUUCGGCCAGCCACCUAAAGCUGAAGAUUCACUGGAUAUAAAAUGUGAAGAUGCUGAGGAGAGCAUGCUGAACUCUGGGGUUGCACCACCAGAGAUGUACUAUGUCUGCGGGGAUGAUCGGGAAACAGAUGGACAGUCUCUACUGGAAGCAGAGGACACACUGGGUCAAGCUGAAGCCUCGACUAAUACAAGAGUCUCCCCCUCAGGUUUCAGUGAGAGGACCGCUGCUGCUUCUGCAACAUCUGCCACUCAGAUUGGUCCUGUGAUGCAAGAAACAUCUGAGCAGCUCCACAGGGAGGUUCCUCAUGGGUCAGGUUGUGUGAAACAGAGGAAGCGUAGGCGGGGUGGCAGAGCUUCAUGUGGCAAAUCAGGUGGUCGGGAGAGCCUGGACAAGGCUCUGGUCAGUUUCCUGAACUGGCAGAAGUCUGCCGAGGAGCGCCUCCUCUCCCUGGAGGAGGCUCGACUGGAGAGAGAAUUCCAGGCAGAGGAGCGAAGGGAGCAGAGGGAGGAGAGAAGGGCAGAAAUGGAGAGGCAGCAUGAGCUCCACCUGCUCAGCAUGCUCACGGGGGCGCUGUUCACCACCAGACAAGGUUCCUCAGCUACCGUGACAUCCAAUCCGCCUGUCUCACCUCUGGCUCAUCUGGCUACUCCUCCCGUGGCCUCAGUCGGCCCCACUGUCUCGUCAUCUUUAGCUCAGCCUCCCCCAGAGGCGCCCGCAGCACAGCCUGUCUACACUCAGGAGACAAAAAAGUCCCAGCCCACAUCUGUCAAGACCUGCCAAGUGUCACAGGAGGUUUUAGGAACACUGAGAGGUUCAGAGGCUCCUGGCCACAGCAUUUAUCUGUCCAGUCGCGGUAACAGCAUUAGACAGCAUCAAGGCAUUCUCCAAGAGGGCUUUAUCCAGUAUGCAAUGGACAAAUAUCACCAAACAGACAAUCCUGAUGGUAUAGUCAACUUGGGAACCAGUGAGAACAAACUGUGCUAUGAUCUCCUUUAUAAAAGAUUAACUAAGCCUGACAUGUUGCACGUGGAGCCCUCCCUGUUGCAGUAUUCCAGCUGGAUUGGGCACACUUUUCUUAGAGAAGAAGUUGCAAAGUUCCUGUCUCACUACUGCUGCUCUCCCAAGCCACUGAGAGCUGAUAAUGUUGUGGUGAUGAAUGGCUGUGGUUCGCUCUUCUCAUGUAUUGCUGCUGUAAUUUGUGAUCCUCAAGAUGCCAUUCUUAUUCCUACUCCUUUCUAUGGAGUCAUAACUGAAGAUCUGAAUUUGUACAGUGCUGUAAAACUCUUCCAUAUUCCUCUGGAUUGUGAGGCUGAUGGCAAAGACAGCAGACCCUUUCACCUCACCGUUGGGAAACUGGAAGCAGGGCUGAGAAAGGCUAAGCAAGAGGGGAAGAACAUUCGAGCCCUUAUUCUCAUGAACCCUCACAAUCCUCUGGCUGAGAUCUACACUCCAAAGGAAAUGAUUGCCUUCUUAGAGUUUGCUAAAAGAAAUGAGCUGCACGCCAUUGUAGAUGAGGUGUACAUGCUGACGGUCUUUGAUGAGUCUGUCACCUUUCACAGUGUCCUCAGCAUUGAGAGUUUGCCCGACCCACAGAGGACGCAUGUGAUGUGGGGGAUGAGCAAGGAUUUUGCAAUGGCAGGAAUCAGGAUUGGUACUUUAUAUACUGUGAACACAGAUCUUGUGGAGGCUUUGGCUCAGCUGGGCUCCUUCCACGGUCUGCCUGGAACUUUGCAGCACCAGGUGGCUCAGCUGCUCCGGGACAGAGACUGGAUCAACAACGAGUUUCUACCAGGGAACCGUUGCAGGCUAAAAAGUUCUCACAGUCUUCUUACCACAGAGCUGCGAAGCAUUGGCAUCCCCUUCCUGGACAGACCUGCUGGCCUCUAUGUUUGGGCUGACUUUAGGAAGUAUCUGAGCGAGUCAUCAUUUGAGGCAGAGUUGGCUCUUUGGAGGCGUUUUCUCAGACACAAAGUGUUGUUGAGCUGCGGCCAAGCAUUUUCAUGCUCUACACCUGGAUGGUUCAGGAUCGUCUUUGCAGACCAGCAGCCCCAACUUCAGCUCG